UGCUCCAUUGGGAUUAAUUAAUUAAAAGUACCGAAUUGUUUUCGGUAUUUUCGAUAACAUUGUAUGUUAUAAGAAAAAAAAAAUAGUUUAUGAUUAAUGUCAUGGUGAUUAGGCACGAAAUUUGAAUUAUUUCAACUUUUUCAUGUGACGUGUUAAUUAAAUUAUCAAUAAAUGUACAAAAAAAUUUUAAAUUGUUCGUGUUGAAUAUUUCAACUUGCAAUGGUGCAGUCGAAGCUUAUACAAAGAAUGAGCAGGGCGGGGACGCCGCGCAGCGGGCCAUACCGCGUGACGUGUCCGUCGCGACUCGUCUCCGCCGACCUAGAGGGCCGCCCGAGGCGGAGUGAUCUGUGGCGCGUUACAGUAAAGUCGGAGGACGAGGAAGAGGACGUCAUCGACCUCGGGGCGCCACGCAAAGUCCGUGCUGCGCGCUGCGUGUCGGGUGCUGCUGCCCCGCGCGCGCCCCGCACGUACACGCCCAACCCUCGCCUGUACCCAGGCCCGCAGAAGAGUCAAGGCCAAACUAAGCAAAAACGCAAAAAAUGUGGGCAGCGUAGUCACAAGAGCGUAACAUAUCGGCGCCCGGUACCAAACUCGCGUCUGUACCGGCCCGCGCCGCCGAAACCACUCCCUCCCCCAGCGAAUCCCCGAACCGUCUGGCACCCCCCAGUACAGGGAAAGCUAGAGACAGCUUCCCGCGCCGCGCUGCGCCUCAACGGGAUCUGGUGGUCGGAUCAGUCGGAAACAUCAGUGCCUACGCUACCUGGGUCGCCGCCUGUACUAAAAAAGCUUAGUGCAAUCCGCCAGAGGCCGUCUUCAUCACCGACUCAACUUCGGAAGCUUAUUGUAAAGCUACCAGCGGCGGCGGGCGACGGGAACCCAAGCGAGCCGUGUUUGCGCUACCGUCCCACUAGUCAACAUUUCCGUGACCGUGAGCUAGGGUCGCGGGACUCGACGCCGACGGGCGGACGCGUGAUUCAGCAGUCUGCGCGAGGCAACAUGGAGGCCACGCCGAGACAUUCCACCAGUCCUGAAGACUGCUCGGAAGGGAAUGAUUCGCAGUCUGCGCCUAGCGAGUUUCUUGCUGAGUUCCUAUCAGCGAUAAUGCGUCGGCAAUACGCCGAGGCGCUGAAGUACUGCCGGCUGAUCCUCCAAUACGAGCCGCGCAACGCCACAGCGCGCGGCUUCUACCCGUUGCUUCAACAGAAGCUGGCGCAGCAGAGCCCAAGAACCAGCGACAAAACCUCACCGCCUAGGACUCGGUACCAGCGCUCCAGAGCUAGCCGCUCCCCUGACUUAGGAGGCGCAUCUAGCGGUGCAAACUCCGGAGCAUCUUCACCCGUACCACAAGGUCUUUUACCACAUGAGGUGAUGGAACAGGAAGCGGACUCGCUAUCUUGUUCAGAGCCUCGGCCCGGCAGCGCGGGCAGCAGCGAGCGAAGCGAGGCAGAACCUGGCCUAGGCUCAGUUUCUUCGCAGUCUUCAUUAGAGUUGGAUUCUUCAGCCGCACAGUCCUCACCCAGCCUGUCGCUCAGCCGCCGCACUGACAGCGCGUCGGCGUCGGGCACGUGGGACAGCUCGGGCUCGGGCGCGCGCGACGACAACGGCAACCCCGCGCCACCGCCCGCGCCCGCGCACAGGAACACCAGCUCACCCAAAUCAUACUUGUGCGACGCGGAGAACAACCAGCCCACCGUGUCCGCCGCGGGCCGCUCGCCGCGCCGCGCCGCCCGCGCCGCGCGCGCUCCGCCGCUCACCUUGCAGAGCGAGCAGUCCACGGAGUCGCUCCGCCGGCUGCGCGCGCAGUUCACCUGCUCCAUCAAGUGAGCCACGUCGGCCCCAUCGUCUUGUACCACGUCUGUAAUAUAAGUUACCGCUGUACUAAACACUGUGUACUGUA